UCAAAUAAAUAAAUAAAUAUAUAUACAUAUUUAUGUGCUUUUCAUAUAAAUUUUAAAUAUUUUCAAAUCGAUGGCAUAAGUGUGUUCAAGUGCUGUUAUCUGCACACAUCUAACGGAUGUGCGUGUGUGUGUACGCUUGUAAGUGUGUUGCCAAUAAUUGAGCAUGCAUUUAAACAAAAGCCAUAUAUAAAAAAAUAAAUGAUAUAUUAACGUAAAUAUUAUGGAAAAAUGCGCUCUUGAAUGAUUGAAGCUCAUAAAACAUUUAUAGCUGCAACACGUUUCAAAGAGGAAUACAACAAAUGAAAUGUCAUAUGAAGUUCAUAUGCUUCUUUGUGUGUGUGUGCUGCUAAAUGCUUUAAUUAAGAGUCAGCCAUAACGAAAAAAAAAAAUAAAUAAACGGAUCAUUUGUGGAUUAUCAGUGGAAAAUAGAACUGUAGCUGUGCUGCAAAUGCGGAUUUGACUCAAUGCGGCAGUUGUCCGGCUCCUCAAUAAGUUAGAUUGGCAAGAGCGUACCCACUACAAUUCCAUUAGCUGCAGACAUUAGAGGCAAACCGAAAAGAUAAAAAAUAAAGGAAUAUUGAAAGAAAUUCGAAAAAUUAAAGCCACAGCAGAUAAAUGCAGGCACUUUGAUUGCAACAUAAAAUUGCCACAGAAAAUUGCAUAAAAUUGCGAAAAAGAAAAGUGAGAGAAAGAGAGAAAGUGUGGGUGAGCGAGACAGAAAUAAAAACGAAGAUAGUCACAUCUAAACGGGGUCAGUAAUUUGCUGCACGAUUGCCAACCGAGGCAAGCAGCCAACCAGCCAACGAACUGGAAGUUUAAUUGCCACAGCUCUCAUUGUUAGUGUUGCUGUUGCCGUCUGAAGCGAAUGCAACAAUUAAAGCCAAAAACUUUUUGGACAAAAUGCUGCUGCCAACGCCCUGGCCCCAACUAGCUGAACAAAUCCAUUGGCAACAACAUUUGUGCAGGGCAUAAGGAGCAAACAAAAACAAAAACCAGCCAAAAACACGCACAAGCAGCAACACUCCAACUGAGAGCGAGCGAGAGAGAGAGAGAGUAUCUUAAGGAUUGGCAGCUGGAGGAGGCGUGGCUUCAAAAUUGUCUGCUUCUAAUUUGAAUGGACUCAACAGCAUUCGACAUACAAAUGCAUAUUUGGAAACUUUUGUUAAUUGUUACAAAAUUUGUACGCAUUGGUAUUGCCGACAAAAACGAUUCGCCGCCAUAUUUCGAUAGAUUUCUGUACGAGACUGAAAUCGAUGAGAAUGCCGAUUUGCAGAGCACAGUGCUCACUGUCAACGCCAAGGAUCACAAUGACUCGACGAAUAUUCGAUACCAGAUCACAGGCGGUAACAUAGGCAAUGCCUUUGGCGUGCAGAAUACGACGGGCGUCAUCUACGUGGCCAGUCCGCUAGACUAUGAAACGCGGCCAAGGUAUGAGCUGCGCCUGGAGGCAACACGCAAUCGUAAAAACAACUAUACCACCGUUGUCAUCAAUGUACGCGAUGUUAACGAUAAUCCACCUGUAUUCGAUCGUCAAACAUAUCGGACGCAAAUCACUGAGGAAGAUGAUCGCAAUUUGCCCAAACGCAUUUUACAGGUUACGGCUACCGAUGGCGAUGUAGAUAGACCAAUAAAUAUUGUAUAUUUCCUAACCGGCCAGGGCAUCGACCCGGAUAAUACAGCGAAUAGUAAAUUUGAUAUAAAUCGCACAACUGGCGAUAUUUUUGUACUCAAGCCCCUGGACCGGGAUCAGCCCAAUGGGCGGCCGCAAUGGCGUUUCACCGUAUUUGCCCAGGACGAGGGCGGCGAGGGCCUGGUCGGCUAUGCGGACAUUCAAGUUAAUCUAAAGGACAUCAAUGACAAUGCGCCGCAGUUUCCGCAGGGCGUCUACUUUGGCAAUGUCACCGAGAAUGGCACAGCCGGCAGCCCCGUGAUGACAAUGUCUGCCAUUGACUAUGACGAUCCCAACGAGAGCACCAAUGCCAAGCUAAUCUACUCAAUCGAGAAGAACGUCAUCGAAGAGGAAACGGGCGCACCCAUCUUCGAAAUUGAACCCGAAACGGGCCUCAUCAAAACGGCCGUCUGCUGUCUCGACCGGGAACGCACACCGGACUACUCCAUCCAGGUGGUGGCCAUGGACGGUGGCGGUCUGAAGGGCACUGGCACCGCCUCCAUACGUGUUAAGGACCUGAACGAUAUGCCGCCGCAGUUUACCAAAGACGAAUGGUUCACUGAGGUGGACGAGACGAACGGCACCUACAUACCCGAGACGCCCAUUUUGACGGUCACCGUGCAGGAUGAGGACGAGACGAACAGCUUUCAGUACAAGGUGGUGCCGAACAGCGGCUUCGGUGCGGACAAAUUUGCGAUGGUGCGCAAUGCGGAUGGCACUGGCUCGCUGAAAAUCAUCCAGCCGCUGGACUACGAGGAUCCGUUGCAGAGCAGCGGCUUCCGCUUUCGCAUACAGGUGAACGACAAGGGCGAGGACGGUGCGGACAAGUAUCAUGUGGCCUACUCGUGGGUCGUGGUCAAGCUGCGCGACAUCAAUGACAAUGUGCCACGCUUCGACCGCGAUCACAUCGAGGUCUCCAUCUACGAGGACACCAAGGUGGGCACCGUACUGGAGCAGUUUCGCGCCAGCGAUGCGGACCAGGGCGGCCAUUCGCGCGUCAGCUACAAAAUAGUGCGCGCCAGCAAUCGACGCAGGCAAUUCGCCAUCAGCGACAAGGGCGCCAUCAGCAUACAGCGACCGCUCGAUCGAGAGGCGGCGGAUCGUCAUCAUGUGCAGAUCUUGGCCAGCGACGAUGGCAAUCCGCCGCGCACGGCAACGGCUACGCUGACUGUGAUUGUCAAGGACGUGAACGACAAUGCGCCCACGCUGGCCCAGGACUACAAGCCGACGUUGCCGGAGAAUGUCUCGCCACGCAAGAUCAUCGAGGUGGCCGCCAAGGAUGCGGACGAUCGACAGCGCGGCAAUGGCGGACCCUUCAGCUUUCGCCUGGAUCCACUGGCCAGCGAUGAGAUACGAGCGGGCUUUAAGGUGGAAUACGAUCGCAGGGGUGACAAUGGCAACGGUGUGGCCAUAAUAUCAUCGCUGCGUCCCUUCGACCGUGAGGUGCAAAAGUCCUAUGACAUACCCAUCGAGAUAAAGGACAACGGAGCGCCGGCAAUGACGGGCACCAGCACACUGACUGUGACCAUUGGCGAUGUCAACGACAACAAAAUGCAGCCGGGCAGCAAAUCGGUGCUGGUUUAUAACUACCAGGGCCAGUCGCAGGACACACCAAUCGGCCGGGUGUAUGUCAACGAUCCCGACGACUGGGAUGUGCCCGACAAGAAAUACUAUUGGGAGGCGCAGGAGCAUCAGCGCUUCAAACUCGACACAGACACCGGCAUCCUGACGAUGCGGGCUGGGACACGACGUGGCCGCUACCAACUGCGCUUUAAGGUCUACGAUCGUGAGCACGGUCAGGAGGAUAUCCCAGCGAAUCUGAGCGUCACAGUGCGCGACAUUACCGCAGAGGCGGUGCAGCAGGCGGGCUCCAUGCGCUUGGCCCACAUAACCGACGAGGACUUUGUGCGCACCUGGAAUCCGCUGAAGCAGCAGGUGGAACCAUCGAAGCUGGAACGUUUUCGCAACAAGCUGGCCGAGCUGCUCUACACAGAUCGCGACAAUGUGGACGUAUUCAGCGUCCAGCUGCGCGCCCAGUCGCCAUAUCCGCUAACCGAUGUCCACUUCGCCGCCCGCUCAGCCACACAGCAGCCGUACUUCAAGGCGGUGCGUCUCAAUGGUGUGGUGCAAAUGCAUCGCGAGGAGAUCGAACAGGAGGUGGGCCUCAACAUCACCAUGGUGCAUAUCGACGAGUGCUUGCACGAGGGGCGUGGCAAGUGUCCCACUGGCUCCUGCAGCUCACGCACCGAGCUGGGCAAGCGCCCCUACACGGUCAGCGUGAAUCGCACGGCUCUGGUCGGCGUCCGGCUGGAGUUGAGUGCACAGUGCGUGUGCCGUGCCAGAAAUUUCAGUGGCCAGGAUCAUAAUUGUCGUUCGCAUCACUGCUUCAAUGGCGGACGCUGCGUGGAGACGCGCAACGGGCCGCGCUGCGUUGCCUGCCCCGUGGGCUAUGGCGGUCCGCGCUGCCAGCAGUCGACGCGCAGCUUUCGGGGCAACGGCUGGGCCUGGUAUCCGCCGCUGGAGCUGUGCGGCGAGUCGCAUCUGAGCCUUGAGUUUAUAACACGCGAGCCGAACGGCCUCAUCCUCUACAAUGGGCCCAUUGUGCCGCCCAAGCCGGGCGAGAGCGUAAUCAGCGACUUCAUAGCCAUUGAACUGGAACAGGGCUAUCCGCGUCUGCUCAUCGACUUUGGCUCCGGCACCCUGGAGCUGCGUGUGAAGAGCAAAAAGACGCUGGACGAUGGCAUUUGGCAUCGCUUGGACAUCUUUUGGGAUGCGGAAAACGUGCGCAUGGUGGUGGACUUUUGUCGCACCGCCCUAGUCUCAGAGCUGGAGGAUGGCACCGCACCCGAGUUCGAUGACAAUGCGUGCCAGGCACGCGGUCAGAUACCACCAUUUGCCGAGACCCUGAAUCUGAACCAACCACUGCAGCUGGGCGGCCUCUACAGGCAGCACUUCGAUCAGACCCUGUAUAAUUGGCAAUAUGCCUUCAGCUCGAAGGGCUUCGAUGGCUGCAUACGCAACGUGGUGCACAAUUCGGAGCACUAUGAUCUCGCCUUUCCGGCGCUCGCACGCAACAGUUUUCCCGCCUGCCCGCAAACGGACGAGGUCUGCCUGAAGACGGAGCACACGGCCCGCUGCUGGGAGCACGGCAACUGUGUGGCCAGCCUGGUGCAGGCGAAAUGCCACUGCAAGCCCGGCUGGAUGGGGCCGGGCUGUAAUGUGCCCACCGUGCCGACCACCUUCAAGCCGCAGAGCUAUGUCAAGUUCGCGCUGAGCUUCGAGCCGGAUCGGUUUAGCACCCAGCUGCAGUUGAGAUUUCGCACCCGGGAGCAGGUCGGCGAGCUGUUCCGUGUCAGCGAUCAGCAUCAGCGGGAGUAUGCGAUACUGGAGCUGCGCCGCGGACAGCUGCAGUUCCGCUACAAUCUCAACUCGUUGCGCAACGAGGAGCAGCUGCUGGCGCUGACAGCGAUUGCCGUCAACGAUGGCCAGUGGCAUGUGGUGCGAAUCAGUCGGUAUGGCUCGGCGGCCAUCAUGGAGCUGGACGGCGGCGAGUCGCGGCGCUACAAUGAAUCCUUUCACUACCAGGGCCAUCAGUGGCUCAGCAUUGACAAGCAGGAGGGCGUCUAUGCGGGCGGCAAGGCUGAGUAUACGGGCGUGAAAACGUUUGAGGUGCAAUCGGACUUCCAAAGGAGCUGCCUGGACGACAUCAGGCUGGAUGGCAAACAUCUGCCGCUGCCACCGGCCAUGAAUGGCACCCAAUGGGGCCAGGCGACAAUGGCACGGAAUGUGGAGCGCAACUGCCCAUCGAAUCGGCCCUGCUCCAAUGUUAUCUGCCCGGAUCCCUUUGAUUGCGUCGAUUUGUGGAAUGAAUACGAAUGCACGUGCAGCGAGGGACGCAUCAUGUCAGCGGAUACCAAGGGCUGUGUCGAUCGCAACGAAUGCCUGGACAUGCCCUGCCUGAACGGGGGCACGUGCAUCAAUUUGGAGCCACGUUUGCGAUAUCGCUGCAUUUGCCCCGAGGGCUAUUGGGGCGAGAACUGUGAACUGGUGCAGGAGGGACAGCGUCUGAAGCUCAGCAUGGGCGCCUUGGGCGCCAUAUUCGUUUGCCUGAUUAUCAUAUUGAUUCUUGCAUUGAUAUUCGUGCUGUACAAUCGCAAACGUAAAACCACCAAGAAGAAGAAACGCUCCGGAACGGAAAAGGAUGUGCGCGAAACGGUGAUUAGCUACGAGGACGAGGGCGGCGGCGAGGAUGAUAUGACGGCAUUCGAUAUAACCCCACUACAAAUACCAAUCAGUGCGCAGAGCGGCACAAUGCCACCGGACAUAGCCGCCUGCAAGAUGCCCAUUAUAUAUCCUGUGAUGACACUGCUGCCGCCUGGGCAGGAAUUGAAUGUGGCCUAUUUGAUGGAGGAGCGCAAGCAGCGCAUCGACAAGGAUCCCAAUGCGCCGCCCUUCGACGACCUGCGCAAUUUCACGUUCGAGGGCAGCGGCAGCAUUGCCGAAUCGCUCAGCUCUUUGGCAUCAGGCACCGACGAUGAGAAUCAAGACUUUAACUAUUUACAAAAUUGGGGUCCACGUUUCAAUGCCCUUGCCGCGAUGUACGUGCAUGAUAAAGCGAAAGCCAAACAGCAGCAACAGCAGCAGCAGCCGUCGCCUUCUCAAGUGGGCGUGGACAAUGCGUUGGCCGUGGUGGCAACGGGCAGCGGUGCUGGACCGGGCGGUGGCAGUGGUGCAGCCAACACGACGGAAGUCGGCAAAGUUGUAUUAUAAAAAUAAAUAGUUAAGUUGUAGCUAAAAAUGAUGUUUCAGCUGUAAGCGUAAUGCCAGGAUAUGGAAACGGAUGUGGAUGUGGAUGUAGAUGUGGAUUGUGCAGCAAUUUCAGCUCAACUAACAAAACUUAAGUAUUCCAUUAAUACAUCUGUAUAUGUGUCUGUCUGCCUCUCUGUGUGUCUGUGUAUCUGUGCGUGUGUGCAUGUUAGCCUAAGCUAGUUUGUAAGCCAGAAAUACGAAUUAAACUAAAGCAGAGCCUUUACGUGUACUACUA